UCACUCUCUCCAUCUUGUUCCAUAUUGCCUUCUCCUUCAAACCCUCAACAAUGGCUUCCUUCUCCAUUCCACCCUCUGCAUCCUUCUUAUUCUCUGUCAUGCUCGCUUUUCUGCUGAUUCCUUCAUCCGAAGGCCGCGAUUACUUGGUCGGAGGCUCUCAGGAUUCUUGGACGCUCCCUCGUCCUUCUCCAGAUUCCCUCAGUCAUUGGGCCCAUAGGCGGCACUUCAGAGUCGGCGAUGCUCUCUUAUGGAAAUACGACGGGAGAACAGAGUCUGUGCUGGAAGUGAAAGAGGAAGACUAUAAAAGCUGCAACACAGCGAAAACGAUAUCAAAAUACAACGACGGAGAUACCAAGGUAGAGUUGAAUCGCGCUGGUUCAUUCUACUUCAUUAGUGGAUCAAAUGGCCAUUGUCAGCAGGGCUUAAGGCUGGAUUUGGUGGUCCAUUCCGGUCGGCACAGCGGGAGCGUUCAUGGGUCGCCUUCGCCGUCUCCGUCGCCUGCACCGGUUCCUUCUCCGUCUCCUUCACCGGUUCCUUCUCCGUCUCCUUCACCGGUUCCUUCUCCGUCUCCUGCACCGGGGCCAGCAAAGAACGGCGCGUCGCUUUGGGCUGUGGUGGAUUCGCGGGCCUUGUAA